GAUUAGUGUACUUUGGAGAUGCAAAAAUUUUCCGGAUGUAAACAAACUAUAUAUUUAAAUUGAGUUUAAAAACAUAGACAAAAAAUGGAGGAAAUUUGUCGUGUUUGCCUGGGGAACCACGAUAACAUGGUCAAUAUAUUCGCAGGGACGCAGGGAUUUGGAGUUCCUAUCUCGGAUAUGAUUGCUAAGUGGUCCGGCUAUCAAGUUAAGAAAGGCGAUUCACUUCCUGAAACCAUAUGCCCAACUUGCCUGCAAGAUGCACAAAAUGCUUGCGAGAAUGAACACAAAUUUGUAUGUCAAGUGAUGGAAGUGAAAGCCAUCAAGAAGGAUUUCCUUGAGAAACAAUUUUCUAGUCACGAAAUCAAGAAAGAGCUCAGAGAAGAAGAGGAAUUAAUCGAAAACAAGUCAAUCCAGGAGUGCCAUACUCCACUUGUGAACGAACCAAUGGAAGUUGUUUUUGCCAAGGAUAAAUCCGAUAUACAUAUUGAAAUUUCAGACGUCGAAAUAAAUCUAUCUGAUAUUCAAGAGGAGGAUGUGAGUAAUAUUCCGAUCAGUGGAAUUGAUCAAUUGGAUUUCAACAAUCAAGAAAUCGAAGGUCUUGGUUCAAGAGAUAAGAUUGAGAGUGACGAUGAUGAUAUAGAUACCACCAAUAAUAACGUUAAGUGUCCGAAGUGCCCGAAAACGGAUAGGCAUGUUCGUAAUCACAAAGAAAACAACUGUUCCCAAUGUUCCAAUUCCUUCUCUCAAAAAUAUACUCUUAAAAAUCACAUCAAGACUCAUACUAAUAAGGCACCAUUUGAGUGUGAUCAAUGUCCAAGUUCCUAUUGGUCGGCAUCAAAUCGAUCACCUCCAACUGAAGAUCGCCUGAAGUCCAUUACGGAUCCGAGUUUUUCUGAGGACCUUGUCCCGUUGCAUGCGAAGUCCUUUCCUGAAUUAUCUAUUCUGGAGAAACAUAACAGUGUUCACACUAAAGAGGGUUGUUUGAAGGUGGAUGCUAGAAGUCACACAGGCGAAAACGCGUUAAAAUGUGAUCAAUGCCCAAAGUCCUUUAAGUAUCAAUCUGCUUUGAAGGAACACAUCCGUGUACAUACAGGGGAACGACCGUAUAAUUGUGAUCAUUGCCCGCAGUCUUUUAAGCAUAAAGGUGAUCUUCAGCGACACAUUUUGAUUCACACUGGGGAACGACCGCUAAAAUGUAAUUUUUGUGAAAAGUCUUUUAGAAAUCAUACUGCUCUUAAUGAUCACAUCCGUGUUCACAUGAACGAACGAUCAUUCAAGUGCAUGCAAUGCGAUAAGACUUUUCAGACUAAGACUAAUUUAAAGGUACAUGCUAAGAGUCACACUGAUGAAAAACCGUUUAAAUGUGAUGAGUGCCAAAAGUCUUUUAAGUAUCAUCAUGCAUUUAAGGUGCACAUCCGUAUCCACACGGGGGAACGACCGUAUAAAUGUGAUCAUUGCCAAAAAGGUUUCAGAGAUCUCGCUUGCCUCCAAAGGCACAUCCAGACUCAUACGACGGAACGACCGCACAAAUGCAAUAAUUGCGAAAAGACUUUUAAGAAUUCCGUUUGUCUUAGGGUGCACCAAAGAGUUCACACGGGCGAACGACCUUUUAAAUGUAAUUAUUGCGAAAAGUCCUUUGGGCAUCUCGCUACUCUUAAGGUGCACAUCAGGAGUCACACGGGUGAACGACCUUAUAAAUGUGAUUGUUGCUCAAAGUCAUUUAAGCAAUCAACCGAUCUUAGGCGACACAUCCGGACUCACACAGGCGAAAGACCGCUUAAGUGUAGUUAUUGCGAUUCGUAUUUUAAUGAUUACACUUGUCUCAGGAAGCACAAGCUAAUUCACAUGAGGAAGCGAUCGGCUUAGUAUUUUCACUGUCUGAAGAUAUAUUUGGAACCAUACGCUCUCGGGCGCAAAAA